UAGGAAAUAUUGGAUGCCAAUUUACUGCAUAUGGGAGGCCAAACAACAAAAUUAAAAAAAAUAGUUCUCAAUGGUUUGGUAUCUUCAUAAGAAGAGUCAAGCAAAUAAUAUACUGUUUGUUGAUUUUCAUCAAAACUGUUAUUAUUGAGCUAUAUUAUUACUAAUUUGUUGUUAAACGAUUUUGUCGUGGAAAUCACUUUGCAUUUUGUACAGGUUGUUCCAUAAAACCAGGAUUCCACUUCCAGGGAGGAGAGUUUCAUUGACGGAUUCUGAUUCAUGUGUUAGUUCCCUUGAUGACAUGGAUGACACUCUUGACAGCGUGAUAUAAGAAUAGUUGAAUAUUCAAGUCGUCCUCGUUCAUGGUUGAAGAAUGGAGUACCUGAACCUGAGGGGGAGGACCACCCAUUUCUUCCUAUUUUUGUACAGUUUCCUUCUCAUGAUACAGAUAUAUGCCAUUUGUGGUUGCCAAGACUACAUUUUGAAUAAAUUUGGUGGUUUUAUAUUUGUCAACAAAACACAGCCGGGUCCUGUCAACUGUUCUUGGAUCUUCUACAGGCAGAAAGGAUACACGAUCUUAGAAGUGAAAUUGAGAGAAUUUAUCGCUCUUGGCAACGUGAGCUCUCUUGAUCUCCAUGAAGGCCUGACAGUAUUGUCUAGCACUAUUUACCAUUUGGAUGGAAACUACACGCAAACUGGCAAGGAAGCCGUCUACAGUACAUUAGGAGAUGGGUUCAAUCUCCUACUCAAUGCACCUGAUGGCUACCGGAAUCUCUCAAUCAGUUAUUUAUCUUACAACGAGGCCUUGACAGAUGGAUCUUGCCCAAAGCAACCUGGUGUCCAGGACUUCAAGUGUCACACGAUAAACGUGUGUAUCCAGAACAACCUCACCUGUGACGGCUUCCCGCAGUGUCAGGACAAUACAGACGAGACAUAUGCCUGUGGUCUCGCUCACGAGGGUAUAUACAGCCCUAUCAUCUCCAGUGGUUUGAUCGCUGCCAUAUUUUUCCUGGUUGUGGGUGUCAUAGCACUCUUUGUCUAUCUAUCCAUCCAUUACUUCUGGAAGAUGCGUCUCUUCCAACGGGAAGGACUUGACACCAUCCGUAUGACACAGUCGUCGGCAGAUAUGGGCAAAGGUCCAGAGAGACGAACUGCAAAAUCGACUGCUGAAGAGCAAAUUCAUGAUCCAAACCAGCAGUUAGACUAUGGGACAAAUUACCGAGAGUAUCAACCCCAUCACCGUCCAAGCCAUCAGGCCCAUGAUGAUCCAACCUUUGACGACUCUGCUUACACCGUCUAUAUCUAGUACUAUUAGCAUUUUUUUGUGCCCUGUGGGAACUGCUGAAAAUCUUGUGAGAACAUUUUGUAGCAUAAAAUUGCCAGUUAUAUUUUUGCAGGAGGGAACAAGACUUGAUGAUGGCUAUUUGGAAUAACGAAUCUCUAAGAAAACGAUCUGAAGAUUUUUUAGUCUACACAUAUUUUGAGUUUAUAUGUAGCUGACCCAGAUACAUUCCAUCCAUUAUAACAUUGACAUUCAUCUCACUUUGUAACUUGCCACCUAAGGAGGUCAGAGGCAUACAAUGUAAGCCAUGAAAUCCACUUUGAGUAUUUCCGAGCAAACACAAGUUCUUAUGCUUUCACUGUUUAAAUGAAUUGCUAUGAGAUUGGGUGGAUUUUGCAUUGAGACAUUACGAUGGAAACUGUCUUGAGAUGGUUGUGCUCUGUCUUCAUUGUAUCUAAGUUCAUUCCUGAGGAAUAUUUAGUUCCUUUAUCUUUGUAUAGUUAUGAUGAACAUUCCAUUACUUAGAAUAUACUGAUUGUUUGUACAUAUAAAUUUAUGUAGUGACUUCAGGUGUUGGCAUUAAUGUAUCAAUUACUGGUACCAGUAGAGCAUCAUGAUAUUUCACAUAAUAUUUUAUCGGCAUAAGUCAUUGUUUUGGUGUUCUUUAUCUAAUAAAAAGGCUUUUGUGGGAUUUUCUUGUCAAAAGUCAUUGCUUUGCAUAAUUUUAUAAAGUUCUGGUCAACUUCCAUGUGCAUUGAAUAAGUUCCUUCUAGAUUGCGUUUUCUGCCAUUUAAUAGGCUGUUCCAUGAUUAUUUAGUUUCGGGUGUGUUAAUAAUGCAUAUCACAGAAGGGCCUCAUCUAUAGUUUGGAGUAUUCUAUCUUGGCAUUAAAAGGUACACCAACAUGAUGUUUGAAGUAUAUGUACAUCCAACAAUAAUGAACUAUCUUAAUGUUUGGCAUAGGCCUAUUGUGUCCUCUGUCUCUAUGUUAUGCUGCGAUGUGGUAGAUUGUUUCCAAUCUUUUAUUUGGUGCUUAAACUUCAGGUGUUCGGGAUUUGUAUGUUUAGGGAGUGGGAUAUUUUAAAAGAGUUGAAGAAUAAAACUAAUUUG